GUGAUGUUUGUGGUGCAGCGCUGCCGUUUGAAACACGUCCACAAAGGAAGUGGUUAGAGAGCUAAAAGUUAGCAAACUCUUGCGUUGGGACGGAAAUUUGGACUUUGUUUAGAAUAUAGAAGACGUUUAUAAUCGUAGGAUGCGCAAAUGCAGUCGGAGGAAUGUUCAGUGCGUUAAAAAUGUUGAACCGGAAGUUAGGUUAAUUAGCUAACAUAUCGCGGUAUAUUGAUUUGUGUGGCGGCGUAACGUUAAAGUGAGUGAGUGAGUGAGAGCCCAGUAACGCUUUCCCAGGCGGUUUGCUGCGGUGUGUUUACAGAGAGAAAGACGGUCGGAGCUCGCUGUGUAUAUUAUUAAUACCGGACGCGCUUUUGAAGUGUUUGGAGUCGCUGUUAGUUCCCUCACUGUGUGGGAGCGGAGCAGGCCGAGCUGAACCCGCAGUGUGCAGUGCAGUUGAUCCGGGUGAAGAGCGGAUGAGGCCGAUGGUGUUGGCUGUCGGGCUGCAGUGAAGCGCUGUGUGAGUGAAAGUGAGAGAAGAGGAAGCAGCAGGAUGAAGACUGUAGAGAGAGAUGUGGUGCGGCUUGCAGUUGUGCAGCAUCUUCGUGCCAGUUACGCCAUCAAGACGAAGAACUGGAACAAAUGCAAGAGCAGAAAGUGCACACCAGGCAAUGCGACGAAGGUCUUCGGAGUGGCUUUAGAAAGUCUCCAGCAUUGUCAUGUGCUAGACUAUGGAGAUGUACCCUGCUUCCUAGUCGAUGCCUGUACAUGCCUUCUGGGGCAUUUGGACACAGAGGGCCUGUUUAGAAAAUCAGGUUCUGUUGUUCGAGUGAAGGCACUUCGGGUGAAGCUGGAUCACUCAGAAGAGUGCCUGUCCACUGCGCUGCCGUCGGACAUAGCCGGACUCCUGAAGCAGUUCUUCAGGGAGCUGCCUGAGCCUCUUCUGGCGUCAGACCUACAGAGCAGCUUUCUGAAAGCCCAGGAGCUGCCCACUUCAGAGGACAGGACUUCAGCAAUUCUCCUGCUGUCCUCUGUGUUGACACACGAGAGUUUAAACACACUGCGCUACUUCUGCAGCUUCCUCAAAAGGGUUUCUCAGAGAUCUGCUGAAAACAAGAUGGACAGCAGCAAUCUUUCUGUCAUUUUUGCCCCGAACCUCUUUCACUGGGGGGACAGAACAGAAAAAGUGAACGCCAGCACAGAGAAGAGACUAAAGCUUCAAGCCGCUGUGGUGCAGUGCCUCAUUGAUAAUGCUCAGGACCUAGGUGUGGUGCCCGAGUUCCUUAUGGCAAAAGUUCCGGGCAUGCUAGGCUGUGAAACUGGUGUGUUUUCCCCUUCAGAUGCUGUGGAGGAGGGAAGCACACCCUCAGGUGGAAAGAGAGGCAGGCGCAGUUUAGGAGAUAUGGUAAAUGGAGCUCUGACUAGGUUAAAAAGUAAUAGAACCCCUUCAAAUACACCCCAGCCUGAUGGAAUUGGUGGGUAUGCAGUACUCUCAGUCAUUUCUACUGGUACCCCUUUUGGAACCCCUAAGCGCAAACUGCCUCUAGAGUCAGGACACAGUUACGGACUCUCCAACAAGAAGCGCAGGUCUAUCAAGAACCUCGGGCUGGAACUUCGUCCGAAUGCCUUUUUUGGAGGACUCUCCACACCUGGCUCAGUUCACAGUGCCUCAGGAACCCUGGAUUCAUGUGGCUCACCCGCAGUCGAAAAAAGUAACCGUCUGACUGCCAGUUCAGCAAGAAGAAAGAGCAGAAGACUGAACCACAGAAACAUUAACAGAACCGAAUCAGGAAAGGCUGGCUGCUUUUCUCCAAGGGUGGCCAAAAAAGAGACGACGAGAAAGUCCUUGCGUCUGCGCUUCAGCCUCGGGAAAACCAGCCGAGAUUGUAGUGUCAUUUCAAAUUCUCUACCGGUGCCAAAGGGGUCAGAGGUCAUUGGCUGGCGCCUAGCAACACAAGAGAGCGUCACCUGUUUUCACUUCAAAGACGGUGCAUUUAGUCCAGCUGUACUGACGAACAGUACUUCACAAGGAACCAAAUACAUCAGUAAAUCUGAAGACAACCUGCUGACCCCUCAUGAGGCGGAAGGGCCCGGGACGUCCUGGAGUAGGGAGACGCUAGACGGAAUCAUGGAACACUCUCCCUCUGAUACUCCAAUGAAAGCGUACCUCAGCUGCCGCUCAGAACCCACGAUAGUCAUCAGCAAGCCGGCUGUGCUCGGCACCAUUCCGAAGAGCCUCUGCUGUGCUACUAGUGCUGAGAGCUUAGCUAGUUCCGAGUCUUUCCAAGAGGACAGCUCUCAGGCAGCACCUAAUCUUCUGAAGAUCAGUGGAGCUUCCGUUGAAUCUGACAGUAUGAGUCGUACUACUGACCGAGAGGAACCCAAAGAAAAAGCAGAGGAAUUUUCAUGUGCAAAAGAUAUCCCUGCUUCUUCCUAUAUCUCUUCGUUUUUCCAAAAUUCAGGUGAACUAAAGAAAAACGCUACAACGCCACGGAAAGUUUUAGAGAAUGAUGAUCGUAAUGUCACUUUUGGACAAAUGGAUCUUGUUUCCUUGACGCCUCUGCAUAUAGACAGUACUCUGUUUGAAGCUGCAGAGAGUUCAGGUUUACUCAAAGAUGCUCACAAGGCCUCUGUGAAUGCUAACAGUGAGAGCAGUUUCCUGUUUAGAGACACCUCAGGAUCUUCUGCAGACUGCAGCCAGCUGAUUGAUGCUCUAGACAUCCAAAGCCCUGUGGCCUUCAGGCUCCACAACUCGAUCACAGUUCAGUCUACGCCAUUUUCAGGAAGACUGCAAACCAAGGAACACAAUACCUCGCAGUCUGAAAAGUUAAAAGAGCCAUUGUUGUUGGAAAAGACUUCCAAGCCUUCAAGUCAGUAUGGAGCCGCACUUAGCCAAAUGAGAGUGGCUGACCAUGUCCAGCGUUUCAACAUGCUGGCACUCAGUUCGCCCAAAGGCAAAGCCCGAUCUCCUUUGAAGUUCCAGCGAACACCCGUACGGCAGUCAAUCCGGAGGUUUAACACACUGAACCAGAGGAAAGGCACCAGGUCUGGGUGGUGUGCUGCAGGUCAAGGUUCUUCCAUGAUUAAAGCAGUUAGUUUAGAUAUUGGUCAGUUCAGUGGAGUUCAACAGCAACCUCAACCCAGUGAGGUCGUCUGCCUGCCUCCUAGUGAUAAUGAAGUCUCUUCAAAACCAAAGCUACCAGCGUCUCCCCAAAAUCCAGACAGCAGUCGGCAUUGUGCUUUGGGAGAUGUAACCAAUAUGGUGAUGCCCAAGGCAAAAGGAUCAUCAUCAGCCCCCAAAUGUGCCAUAUCGGAAGUGUCCGAGCCUGUCCCGCUUCUAGCAGCUGAGAAAGAGUACCGAGCUUCACCCAAGAACCCCCUUGGGCGCAGUGUACUUCUCUCCACUAUGAAGCCGAUAGAUCUAUAAAAGAACUACAACUGAAAUGAGUCGUCAGUGUGUUGCUCUGCAGUUUCUUAAUUUCUUCUUCAGGGGUCUUAAUUUAUUUUGUGCCAUUGCUUUUGAGCUGUUCUUGGUUUCAUGUGGUUGUGAUGUGUACUGUAUAUUCAUUCAGUCCAGCCAUGAUGUGAGUUAUGAGCCAGAAAAAAUGUGAUAAACGGUGAACAUUCAGAUGCAACCUUGUGCUUCAUGGCUUUCUUUUUGUACUGCAGUCUAAAGCCCAUUUCUUUCAUGUUUUUAUAUAUAUAUAUAUAUAUAUAUAUAUAUAUAUAUAUAUAUAUAUAUAUAUAUAUAUUUUAUUUACUUUAAUCAUCUUUUGAACUCUGCUGUUUGAGGGUUUUCUGGUCCCAAUGUUGAUCAAUGAUGAAGCAAUGGUUUGGGAUGUUUUUAUUAAUUUGGCAGAAGCUAAAUUAAUGCUGGAUGGUGUAUUGGCUGAAGGUUUAACCCACUGAGCUCUAUAUAAAAUCUGGAGAGCUCAUAGGCUCGUCAAAGUGAAGCCAUCUGGCCGUCAUCUUACCACUCGCAUUGCGUGUAUUUGGUUUGUGUUAAAGCAUUGUAUCCGAUCAAAUUUGACCCAAGAAAAGUAUCUCCUGACUUUUUUUUUUUCCUCCUUUUAUUACCUCCUUUGAUUUUCUCACCUUUACCCACAUUCCUUACAUAUCUUUAUAGCAUUUCCCUUCACUUUUUUUUUGGUUUUUGUUUUGUUGUUUUUCCCUUUUCCGGUUCAGUCACUGAGCUUUUUUUUUUUUUUGAUUGACUCUUACUCCUAUAAUUAUUUUUAUGGAGAUUUCAUUUUUUCUCUUAUACAGUGCAUCUUUUUUUUCGUAUCAUUUCUUCCUUCCUUCCUUCCUUCCUUCCUUCCUUCCUUCCUUUACUGGUCACAUAAUUCACUGUCACAAUAUUCAUCCAGCUUGCGACCAAUAUGAUCAACAAAUACUGUUAAGACAUGACUGUGAGAAUGACGUGAAAAUUGCAAAUAGCAUGAGAGCAUAAUCCUGUUUCAACAGCUGUCCUAAAUAGAAAGGAAGUAUUGUACAACCUUUGUGUUGUUGUUGUUGUAGUAAUAAUAAUAAUAAUAAUAAUAAAUGUAUAGAAAGGAAGAAAUGUAUGAAAGAGGAACCUGAAGUAAUCCCUGUUGAAAUAAUUAUAGUAGUAGAAGAGCCAUUAAAAAAAUGAUCAGAGACUGAACUGGAAAAGGUGUGGGGGGGAGAAUAACAGUGAAGGGGAGCGCUAUAAAGAUGUGUAAGGAAUGGGGAUAAAGUGGAGAAAAUAAGGUUAUGAAAGGAGGAAAAAAGUCAGGAGAUACUUUUCUUGGGGCAAAUUUGAUCAGAUACAACGCUUU